AUGCUGGCUGGAAUCUUCGGUUGGAUUUCGCUCCUCUUCGAACCUCUUGCAGAUGUCAAUAUACCCCCCAUUCAGCCACAAGAGCGCCUCCGGCCCGAACAUCGACCUUGGAACCAGAUUAUAACCGGAUGUUAUGGUCGCCCACCCCUUUGGAAGAUCCAUGACCGCCAUGGAGAAGUGAGCUGGCGGUUCCAUCGUGACGAUGUCACACAAAAGCUCCCUCCGGAUGUUCACAAGUGUCUCUAUGCCCACGCGAACGAUGCCACCGAGGUCAAAUAUAUGAAUAACGGCACCAGUGUUGGUGGUGUCUACAGUGACCUUGCUGUCGUUAUGAAUCAUACUCCUGAAAACCCAGCAACCGAUAAGCUUUUUACCUUUACUCUCUGUAGAAGGAACGACGUCCUCUGGAAUGCGCAUACCCUCGAACCCCUGCCGAAUGAUCUACUCGCCGUCGGUACCACCGGCCAGCGAGCAUGGGAUGGUAUCCUCGUUUAUAAUGCCAGUGCCGCCAAUCCCCUCAUGGCAAACCCUCCGAUUAUCCAAAACAUCACCGGAUUACGAGCUAUACACGGGUUGAUCUGGGACGAGCAAGGUCAGAUGCUGUGGGCUGCUGGAACAGACGCGGCCGCAGACGGCAGUGACCCCGUCCCUGCAUACGGGACUAUUAUUGGAUAUCCGUGGAAUAGGACAUCAGGCUUACUAUACAAGGAUGACCGAUAUAUCUACAAACUGCCCGAGGCCAAACGGAUCGAGGCCGAAUGGGGCAAGGGAUACUCAUGGUGGGCUGGGCUGCAUGAUCUAGUACCCAUCCCUGGCCAGCGCAAAUUCCUCGUGUCGGAAGAUCGAGGACUUCACGCAUUCGAUAUCGAGACGGAGCAGUACACGGAGCAUUAUGAGAACGUCACUGAGAAAUACUUGCAAGGGUUUGAGGUCACUACCAAAGGUCGCCAUGGGUAUACAGAUGGCGAAUGGGAGGAGCUACCGCAGUCGGACCUGAAGAGCUUCAAUAUUGCCCCUGAUGGAAGCUUCAUCUACGUACAGUCCUUAUGGACCAAGUUCCGUGGGUUCCAUACGAGUUUGGUGGUUGACGGGAAGAGACGCAAGAUCAAUAUCGGCGAUGAAAUAUAUAGGUCGCGAUGGUUUGGGAACGUUGACGGCUGGCCUAAACCUUAG